AUGACUGAAAAUGACAUUGACGGUGUGUUGGAUCAGCUAAGAAGGAUGAAGAAGAGUGGAUCAGCUGAUCUGAAUAGCUUCAAGAUUGAUAAACUUGAAAUGCACCUAAGAUUUUUGAAAACCUUUAUCAUGUAUCAUCAUCUUGUUUUGCCUAAUUUCUUAGUCAAAAUCACAGAGAAGGCCAAAUCCACUGUUAAAAUGCUUCACAUAGUUUUUAGCGGAAUUCCAGAUGAAUGCAAAAGUAACCUUAACAUGGAAAGGCUAGAAUCAGAGCUUCUGGAAUCCAUUUUAAGGUACAAUUAUGAUCAGUUGAAAGAUUCCUAUCUGCCAGAAUAUAUGGAUUGCCUCGGCAAGAAUCUAAAUGACGUACUAAUAAUGUGCCUGGAAAGGAACCAUUCUUUUAAAAAUGAAGAAAUCCUUGAGACAAAUAGAUUGAUAAAGCAACUGAAAAUUGUUCAAAAGAAAAUGAAAUUUUUGAGAUAUGUAUAUGUCUCAGAGAUAAAUGGUUGUGUCGAGCAUGAGAAGCUGAAAGGUCUGGAUACCCGAAUUCAGUUCAUGGCUGACAAUGUCGGCCAGAUAUGUUUUUCUUUUUGGGUUUGUGGGAAUGAAGAAGAAACAGAUUCAGCAAAAGAUACAGAUGUCAAAGAGGAAGAAGAAGAAACAGAUUCAGCAAAAGAUACAGAUGUCAAAGAGGAUGAAGAAGAAACAGAUGCAAAAGAGGAUGAAAAAGAAACAGAUUCAGAAAAAACAAAUUCAGAAGAAACAGAUUCAGAAGAAACAGAUUCUGAAGAGGAUGAAGAAGAAACGGAUUCAGAAGAAACAGAUUCAAAAGAGGAUGAGAAUGAUAUCUCGAGAAAGCCUCGUUAUCUACUUUUCCUGGUUGUGCUAGUGGAGCUGGAAAUGCAAAAGAUUUUUCUUGGUGAACUAAAGGCUUCAAAGUUUGCUCAAUCAAGAACUUUCAAGGAUAAGAUAUUACCAAAAGGAUUUUCAUAUCAUCUACGUAAUCUGCUGGUGUAUCUUAGAAAUGAAAAGCUUAAGAAUUUUCCUACUAAUGUCACUGCUCGAAACAUUGAUGUGGCAAUAGAUUUCUUGUUGGUUUUUCUCGGUGAUGUGCCAAAUCAUGUUAUUAAUGGCAAGGGGCUGAAUGAAGUCUUAGCAAACAUUGGAGUUCUUGUGGGAGACAUACUAUGUGUAGUUCAAAUGCUUCUUGCAGAAUCUACAAUCAAAGAAGACUCUAGCAAGAUUGAUCUUGACAUGAUGCAAAUAUUGGAGAAAAUUGAAGAUCUAAAGGCACAAGUGGAGGAGAGGUACAAAUCCUUAAAAUACAGUCUAUCUAAUUAUGAGUUCCCCGCUGUUGGUGGAUUGAACUUUCUUGAUUCUCUUCUAAGGAAAUUGAAUGAGAUGUUGAAAUCUGAAUCAAGUUUAGAUUUCCUGAUGAAACCCCAUAUUGGUAUUUUAGAGAAAGAGCUUUCAUCUCUAACAUCUGUUUUCAGAGAUGUCGCAAAGGUGCAGCAUAAACAUGAUGAAAUUCUUAAUGAUCUUCAGAGGCGUGCUGUCAAUUUGGCAUAUGAAGCUGAAGUAUCCAUCGACUCUAUACUUGUUAAAUAUAAUGCUCUUUGGCAUUCUUUUUGUUCACUUCCUGCAAUCAUAGAAGAGAUCAAUCAUAUUAAUGUGGAGAUGGGGUCGGUGAACCUUGCUCUGACACCAUUCUUUGUAGUUGAGCCAUCUAAACAUCUGCCACCUCAACAUAGCAAUGUUAUGAAUGAUGACGACGAUAUUGUUGGUUUUGAGGAUGACACAAAAAUAAUAAUUCAGCAUCUGAUACGAGGGACAAGUGAGCUAGAUGUCAUCCCUAUUGUUGGGAUGGGAGGGAAAGGUAAAACAACUUGUGCUAAAAAGUUGUAUAAUAAUGACAUCAUUGUUUCUCAUUUUGAUGUUAGAGCAUGGUGCAUCAUUUCUCAAACAUAUAACCGGAUAGAGCUAUUACAGGAUAUUUUCAGUCAAGUAACUGGUUCCAAGGGAGAGAAGGAUGAUGUCCUUGCUGAAAUGUUGAAGAAAAAAUUAAGGGGAAAGAGCUAUCUCAUUGUAUUGGAUGAUAUGUGGGAUGGUAUGGCAUGGGAUGACUUGAGGCUUUGUUUUCCCGAUGUUGGAAAUAGAAGCAGAAUAGUCCUAACAACUCGACUUGAGAAAGUGGCUAAGCAAGCGAAGCACCAUACUGAUCCUUAUUAUCUUCCAUUCCUAAAACCCGAUGAGAGUCUAAAGUUGUUGCAGAAAAAGGUGUUUCAACAGGAAGGUUGCCCGCCUGAACUACAAGAUGUGAGUCAAGCGGUUGCAGAAAGAUGCAAAGGACUGCCUCUGGUGAUUAUCUUGGUAGCUGGAAUUAUCUAAAGGAAGAAAAUGGAAGUCUCUUGGUGGGAUGAGGUUAAAAAUUCUCUGCUUUCCUGUCUUGGUGAGUCCGAAGGAUAUUGUCUUUCAACUAUGCAGUUAAGUUACAACAACUUACCCGAUCAUUUAAAGCCUUGCCUUCUUUAUAUGGGGAUGUUUUCGGAG